UAACGCACUGCCAAAGGCCUCAUAAUUUUUCUUCCCUUCCAAUCAGUAGUCCCUCGGAAUCGGUAACACUUGUAUCGUCGUCUCGGAUAGACCCCGCGGAGACAAAGCACGGAACCCUGUGUCCGUGGCCUUCCGAGAAGAAGCGGGAACCCCUCCCCCCGUUCUUAAGGAUACAUUUUGUGAGGAGGAAAAACCGUGGAAAACUAGACUGAAAGUCGAAAAUUCCUCUUGUUACUUAAGUGUCGAUGCAGAAAAGGGUCGUGCGUGCCUUCGAAGGGAAUAAAGUGGACAACACGACGGAAAGGAUGUGUUGAAUUCUUUUUUCAGUGGAAUCCCGAAAUAUUACACUCAUCCCUGCUGGGUUAUUGCUCCUCAUUUGUGUGCUUGUGGAACCCCUUCGCUGUUCGUAAGCUGAUAUGAUGGAAAUGAAACAAGUGUUCUUAGUUGUGAGUGGUUUAUGAUCGCACGUCUUCUGAAAAGAAAAAUGAAAUGUGAUACCGGAGAGUGGGAUAAGCAUAAUCGAUACACCCCGAAAACUGGUGAGACGUGCUAGAAAGUUGAAAAAAGUUUCCAUUUCGGAGCCUCCGAGUCGCGACUUUCGGUCCAAGAAGAAGAAGCCAGGAUCCAUCAAAAAGUGAUAAAGUGAUAUGAAAAACUCAUUUCGUGAAACAGUGAACCCUACCGCGAUACAUCGAAAAAGGAAAUGAAAUACAUUCAGUGAUAGAAGUUCAACGCGCACUUUUUGCUUCCGACAAUGUAAAUCUUCAGCAAUAGUGGCUGUCACGCUGGCUUGUACAAAACCUUGUUAGAGUCUUCUUAAAACCGCCAUCUUCACGCGAAAACAGUUUCUUCUAAGACCAACAACGUACAGCGCCACCAGCAAGAUACGUGCCAAACACUGCAACUACCAUCACCAUUACCUGUACCACCCCAGUGGGCCGAAGGUGACCUUCGACGAAGCGACCACCCACUACCAGCUGGAAAUGGAGUCUGUGGGGCAUGUCACGGUGCCGCUGCGGGUCGGCGGCAAGAAGAUGCGCAAGCGGCGCGAACUGGACGCACUGGUUGCGCACUCACUCGCCAAAAGCUCAGGAAAGCGCCACAUUGCUGGAAACGGAAUCGCGUCCCAUGAUCAGCUACUGUCCAACUCAACCGAUGAUCAGGAAGACUAUUCAUGGCAGCCCAAGGUACGGACCCAAUCCCGAUGUCGGAGAAAGCGCUUCUCCUGUGUGCGAACCUGCGGCCCGCUCAUCCUAGUGUCCUGCAUCUUCCUGUCCCUCGGGUUCAUGUACUGGCUGUACUUCGACAUCAGGCAACAGGUCGCCGAGUACCGGAUCCGCAUCGAGCAAGUGUCAGCCACUAGUCAAAAUGUGCCGGAAGCCUUACAAAAGUGGCACGAAACGUCGAAAAAUCUCGAGCAAAACCAAACGGCCCUGAACGGCAAACUGCGCGAGAUUCAACAAGUGCUGAGCAAUUUCUCCACUGAGCUCAAGCAGUUGCGGGAUACGAUAGAGAAGAAGAAGGAAAACUCCCAGGAAGCUCAGCUCAACAGUCUGAAGUCGAGCGUGGCCGGGCUUGGGUCCAAGAUCGAGGAUGCCCUCACACGGAUAACGGCCCUCGAGGAGCAGCACACGAAAGAUCAGGGUGAACAGAAGUCGCUGCGGAAGAGCGUGGACGACUUGCAGGUCUUGCUCAACCAGGUGCGCAACAAUUCCUCCCCGGCUUCGAUGGACAACACGUUGAACAACGCCACGGAGCAAACGAUCGCCAACAUCCGGGAGCAGUUGUCCGCCCAGAUCGAUAACAUGUCGCAGAACUUCACCGGCGAACUGCAAGAACUGAAGCAGAUGAACGUGUGGCUGGGUAAGGACCUGAGCAGCCACAAGGCAAGCAUCGACGAGUUGAUCGAGAACUCGGCCAACGUUUCCUCGCACGUCAAAUCGGUCGAAAACAUCUGGGUGGAUAUGAAGGCGAACUUGACCGGUUUGGAGGGUAGUGCCAAGCAGAUGGCCGAACAGAUUCAGGGUCUGCAGAACGUUACCAAUGGGCUUCAGGGGAGCUUGGGGACGGUUCGCGAGCAGUGCGACCAGUACGGUGGACAAAACAAUGUGAUAAACGGUGAAAUCGAAAGCAUCAAGUCGCGACUGGAAAAAGUGGAGAGGCGUGAGGUGGCGCCAACGGUGCCGAGCACUUCUGCCAACAGCACAGAAGCUGACAAGGACAUCAUUUCUAAGAAGCUGCAUCAGCUGUUCGACAGCUCGCCGACUCAAUCGACGUCGCAAGCGGCGGGCGUCGAACAGGAAUCGAAGCAACCCGCAGCAGCGCCUACGAGUGGGCAACCGGCUACGGCAGCGCUGCCAUCUAGCGGAAGUUCAAGCAGCAGCAGCAGUUCCACCACCAGCACUACAACGGUUGCUAGUCCCAGUUCGAAUAAAAAGGCCGAGCCCAGUUUGAGUGGCGGUGGGAUGUAAAUACGAGGUUAGACAAAUAAUUAUAGGACGGUAGGUUUGACGCCACUACGUCGAGUGUCGGUUUUGCAAAUUUUAACUCUUUCCACACGUUAUGAUGCAUCUUGAGAUGAGAAUUGCUCUUCAACUGUUGCUGGAAUCGUGGAUACGGAAUCAUCAAUGAUGGACUCAGAUUUUAACACAAAAAUAAUUCAAAGUUUACAAAUAUCUUCGUUGGGUGCCAAUUUAAAGGUUAUGAUCAAGCUUUAGAUGGUGGAUCAGAUUUUUAGAUCUCAGACAUUUAUUUCUUAGAUAGAGGAUGUCAAAUGCAACUGAGCACAUAAGACAACUAAGACGACAGGGAUUAUAGAUUGACAUUGGGCGCCAAAUCAGGAUCAUAAUAUGAAGUGGAGCUCAGUUGAGAGGCUUUAGGAUGAAAUAUUUGUGGUUGAGGCUCCAUUUCUCGUACCGUGUGAGCAAUCCUUUAUACUUCUUUCAAUUUCCAGUUCCACAACAGUAUUUUGAUAUCUUAGUUUUGUCUCUAACUAAAAUAAUCAUGAUAACCAACAGCACUUGAAGAGCAAUUCUCAUCAUCGCACACAAAGAACAGAUACAUGUAUUUACGGGAACGCUGAAAGCGAUCUGUUAAAAGGAAUGCAAACCAGAAUGGAAACAUUUAGAAUAAUCCAUAAAAUUAGCAAGAGAAAAGUUGUCAAUGCAAAUUGAGAAAAAAAACGUUGAUUAAGUUUUAGCGAACCAAAGUUGUGUUUAUUUUUAGUACUAUACAUAUUUUUAAUUUUUGUGUGUAAGAGAAACUGCGAUGGUUAACUAUAGCACUGAUAGGUUUUCGUUUUUUCUGUUUCAAAAAUAAUAAAAGAAAUUUUUUGAUACAAGAGUGCAAGGGCAGCUUACGAUGAUGAUAUUAAACCGGAAACUUAAAACGUAGAUCAAAAACACUAGUUCAUAUGUAGAGAAAGAGGGUGAAUCGCCACCAUAGACCGUCAACAAUAAGAAAUCAAAGGCUAGAACCCCCGUAAAAGAGUGCAAUCUACAAUUCCUUAACUGAGUAGCUAAAUUAAUGAGUAAAAUCUUGAGAUUUCUAUUCCCCGAACCCAGUCCAAAGCCGGCAAGAGUCGAAUUCAACUUAAGUAACAUCGAAUUUCCACAAAUUCAAUCAAAUUCUAUACUGUAACGGAGUCGUAUAAGUAACGCAAGACGCGACAGACAGCCACAAACAAAGAUUAUAAAAAAGAAGAAUGUUUUCCCUUGUUAUGUGAGAGUACCUUAGUAAACUAGUGAGUAUAAAAAUGACGCAAAUCGAGAACAAGAUUAUUUCUAUUGACGAGAGGUAGAAUUUAGAUACCGUAGCAUAUUAAAAUGGUGGAAAAGAUGAACAUCUGCUGACAAUUUUACAUCGAUCCUUUGCACUAUCUACUCUUAACACAUAUAAGCCUACUGAUAAACCGUUCAACAAACCACGCAGCAGCUACUUCGUCGCUUUUGAAGUUAUUCAACUAGCGACUAUCGACGGCCAUUUUGAAAUCGAUCGAGCGGACUUUGACAGCUGAUUCUACGAAUAUUAACAGUGUAUUGAUGGCCCUCGAACUUGUUGCUUCUUGAUAUCUUCGGUAAACCCUUAAGUUGACACUGACCUUGAUAGAAUGCACAACUCUCAAAAACUCAAAAUUUCAAACGCAAGUGGCAUUUCCGUUCAAAUCACUGUUCCUCAUUUGACAAAAAUCAAGCGACAUUAAGAGUGCUUACGCAGUGUCUUUUCGAUUCAAUGGAGCAAAAUAAUUACACAAAUUAGCGGGCAAAACACAGGCACAGUUUUUGUAGCAUCACAUUGCAAGCAGCAGCUUUGUACUUAGUUUCGAUAGUAUUUUCUGGAAAACAGCAUCAGAAUUACACAUUUUUUGUGCGGCGUGGGGCUCGUAGGCAAAACAUGCAUGUAGGUAGAGCAUACAGAAAGCCAAGACAAAAAAUAAAUAAAUUCGACGAAUUUGCAUUCUCUGUAGAUACCUUUCGUAACCAAUUGAUCUUGCUGCUUGAUUCCCCCCAAAGAGCAAAAUAUAUAAACUGAAACACAUUCAAUUCCCAAA